AUGUUCAGAAACAGUAUCGUUCCGAUCACCAACACCGCCGCCGCCGUUGUCAGCAAGAAGGCAUUUACUCUGUCUCUCUUAUCUCUCCCAAACGAGAUCCUCCUCAUAAUUUUCGAAAUGCUUGACAUAGCAUCUCUUUUCGCAGUCUCUGAUACAUGCACGCUAUUCAACGCCUUAUCCUGCGAAUUCAUCAUCCAAUCUUUCCAAUCGCCAGACGUCACAUUAAGACUCUCGUUCAAUCAAGAAUACAAAUUAAAACCCCACGUCGAAUUCCAAUUUUCUCACUUCGACAAAAAGACACACAAUCUAGUCUUCAAACCGACAACCGAGAAAACAAUAAAAUUCUACAACUCAGCAGUUGUACGCAAACCCACUCUAUCCACUGCGGCAUUAGUAACCGGUAACAAUGAGACAUGCCGCUUGGCAAAGGAAAACUUUCUUCAAAAGGCCUCGACGCUUUCCAUCAAAAACUACGGAACCUUCAACGAAACACAUAUGAUUACUCGAAACGACCAUCAAUCAUCAUACAACAUCUUAUACACUGUAAGCCCCACUCCCGAAAACAUUGUACCGACAAGAAGCGGAGAGCGAUGGGUAACACCCACAGAAUUUUCGUGCCCUAUCGAGUUCUUUUAUCCACAAGGAAAUAGCAUAUCAAAGAUGAUUAUGAAGCUUUUUAGCAAACAACGAAAAAAUAUGACACCGACAAAGAAAUUGUCAAAGAGAAAAUGGGCAGACAGAAAAGCCAUCGAGGCCAAAAAAUAUGAGAUGGAUCAAAAUGAAUUGACACCUGUCAGCAAUUAA